ACUACUCCCCAGCUUUCCUUUUACUUCUCCCGAAUGCUCCAACCCAUCCAAUCGCACGCCACUCGCUCCUGCUCUCAGCUAGACCCAGGGGUGCUAGAUCUCGGAGUCGCCAUUGAUUUGAUUCCAAGAAAGACCGCGAGUGAGGUAAUCCAUAGAUUGACCGACCGAGAGCGAGAGAAAGCGAGAGAGAAGUUCCGGAUUGAUUCCUGAUUGGUUGGUGGAGACCGGGAGGCAGAGCUCAGCUCACACAGCUCAGGGUCCCCGGGAGAUUGAUGCUCGCAUGGUGAUGCGGCCGCGGGCGAUGGGUCUGAGCAGCAUCCGGCGUGAGGUGCUGGUCUCCGCCGUCUUCACGGCGCUCCUCGUGGCGUCCAUCCUCCUCCUCCCUUCGCUCCUCCUCACGGGCAGCACCGGCCCGGCCAGGAGGUGGCCGUCGUUCCUGUCCCCGUCCACGGCCGCCGAAGACAAGGAGCAGCAGGCGCGGUACCCAGUGAGGUUCGCGUACCUGAUCUCGGCGUCGACGGGGGACGCGCCCCGCGCGGCGCGCCUGCUGGCGGCGCUGUACCACCCGGCCAACACCUACCUGCUUCACCUGGACCGGGAGGCCCCCGCGGAGGAGCACCGGCGGCUGGCGGAGCUGGUGUCCGGUCCCGGGCGCGGCGGCGUGUACGCGCGCGCUGGCAACGUGUGGAUCGUCGGCAGGCCCAACCUGGUCACCUACCGUGGCCCCACCAUGCUGACCACCACGCUGCACGCCGUCGCCGUUCUCCUCCGCCUCCGCCGCCGCUGGGACUGGUUCAUCAACCUCAGCGCCUCCGACUACCCGCUCGUCACCCAGGACGAUUUGAUGGAGGCGUUCGCGGGGCUGCCCAGGGACCUCAACUUCAUCCAGCACACGAGCCACCUGGGCUGGAAGAUAAAGAAGCGGGCGCGGCCGGUGAUCCUGGACACGGCGCUGUACGAGGACGGGAGGGCGGAGCUCAUCCGCCCGGUGAACAUCACCACCAACCUCAGGAGGCUGCCCACGGCCUUCAAGCUCUACACAGGGUCGGCGUGGACGAUGCUGUCGCGGUCGUUCGCGGAGUACGUGACGAUGGGGUGGGACAACCUUCCCCGGGCGCUUCUCCUCUACCACGCCAACAUCGUCUCGUCGCCGGAGUUCUACUUCCAGACGGUGGCGUGCAACUCGCGGCGGUUCCGCAACGCCACGGUGAACAGCGACCUGCACUUCAUCCGCUGGGACAACCCGCCCAAGCAGCACCCGCUCUACCUCACGUCCAGGGACUACCGCCGGAUGCUCCUCAGCGGCGCCGCCUUCGCGCGCAAGUUCAGGGAGGGAGACCCGGUGCUGGACCGGAUCGACAGGGACAUCCUGCGCCGCCGGGAACCCGGACACUUCGCCUACGGCGGCUGGUGCUCCGACGACGGCGAGCGCGGCGGCGCCGGAGCCGGAGCGCUCUGCUCCAACCCGCAGGAGCAUGGUAGGCGCGGGGCCGUUAAGGCCGGCGCCGGAUCCAGGCGGCUCAAGGCGAUGCUGACCAAGAUGCUGUCGCCAAGGAAUUUCAGGAGGCAGCAGUGUAGGUGAAAUGCAUUGCAUUGGGUUUACACUACAACCAUUGCACUCUACACCUAGUUCUUCUGAUCAAACAAAUUACAUGCCGUUGACUCAUUUUGUAUGUAUGUAUGUAUAGAAAAAGAUCUGAAACGCGUCAAGCAGGGACGGAUCCAGGAUUUUGGAUCAAUGGUGUCACUAUGAAUUUGUGAACCGACGAUCACAGCUUAUAGUAAACAAAUAAUACACUAGAAAGUUGAUAUGGUUUAAUAGAUCAAAGUAACAGAUCAAUGUAUACAUAGGCAUAACAUAUGUUUACCUCUUAUAAAAGCAUUUUGCGGUUGCGGUUUUCCA